CAUUUCAUUUGUUUACAUUACGACAAUGCCGCGCAAAAGCAAAAAAGUUUUAUCUUCACCAAAUACGAGACAAAAUGGGCAAUUAUCAUCAAAUGUUUACUUAAGCAGUGAUAAAACAAGCAGACCACGACGGAUUUUACGUUCUUCCAAUUCAAAUCCUGAAGAAGAUUCCCCAAAAGUAAUAUUAACCGAAAGAAACGGGCAAACGAUAUCUGUAUCCAGAAGGCGUACUAGAAGUGGGAACAGUAAGAAAAUUACAAUGGAACCUUCUGAGGAAGUUGAUUCAUCCAAUCGGAGGCGUAAGACGUUCGAUGAUAAGGAGAACCCCGAAGAAACAGAAUUGUCACCAGAAAAAAUUGCAAAAUAUAGUUCAGAAAAGCAGAAGGGGCAAGAAGGUGACACAAAUGCCGAAACCAAGGAGGCAACUAUAAAAAGUGCAGUACAAAUUGGUGAAGCCGAAAAGAUGGACUGUGGAAAAAGAGAACAGCAUACACCUCAACCCAUGGAAAAUGUAAAAGAAAAAAACACAGAGGAAAGUGUCGAAAAUGAGGCACAGGCUCCUAAGUCUAAAUCUUCAAUAGAAUCUCCUAACAAAGAAAGCAAAUCUACGCAUAGAGCAGCUUCAAUUGAUAAGCUAACAACGUUAUUUUCUAAUUUGUAUCUAAACUCUGUGCAACGUCUACGACUAGAGUUUCCACCCCGUUGCGCUGAAGAUUUGGUCUACUGUCGAAAGCAACAUUUCCAACAGCGUUUCAAUGAAAUGGACAAACCAAGUGAAGCACGCCUAAUGCAGCUCCGUUGUACUUUAAAACAACAACGCUAUCUAUCUUUCAUUAAUCUUGCAUUAGAUAUGUGCCAACGUCGUGAGUUUCCAGGAGAAGACACAUUUACGAAUUUAAUUGAAUUAAUUUUGAGCCUGAACCCUAAAACAGGUGAUGCGGCACUCAUUCGAACCUACAUUCAGUCUAUAGAACUCUUCAGCUAUAUGGUACGAGCGUUUCCACCUUGUUGGCGUGCGACACACACUGCCUAUAUAGGCUUCUUUCAACGUCCUUUGGAUGCAGAAAAGCUAAGUAAUAAGUCGAAAGGUGACAAUCGCUUGUCUAAAUCGAAAAAAGUGUUUGAUAUUAUACUUGAUCUAACCGAAAUGAUAUUAAAUGAAUGUACUACGGAAGAACUGGGAGAGCCUGCUGAACCGAAAACUCCAAAAAAUGAUUUGGCAAAAGAAGAAGGAUCGGUAGUAACGGAAACACCUAGUAGCGAACAAUUUGAUCACCACAAGUGGGACGAACGCGAUAAUCGUUUAAAUACCUUUAUAGCGCUUAGGCCAAUGGAACGUGUGGAACGCCUUUUCAUAGUAUUGCGACUUAUUUUGCAAAUUCUUGAAAGUGAUUACGCUAUGUGGAUGUUGCAUCAUUAUCGAAAGAACAAAAGUUGGUUAUUUUAUAAUGACAGCCGACCGCUGGCGGUUUUUGUACUCGGUAUGUCUGAAGAAGCGCAUUUGAGCGCUCUAGGCCGACAAUUGUUUCUCCUUUUCGCACUAGCUGUUAAUAAGGGACUGAAUUUGAACUACUUAAAAAUUCUCGAGCGCUAUAUAUCACUUUUAAUGGUAAUAAGUAAUACAGCUGACAUAGAACACACCGUUUUGGGUGUAAAAUUUCCACGACUCGGUCCAAACACCAAACAACUUAUACUAGAUUUCUUCAGGAAAUUUAAAGAUCGCAAUUUGAACUCUUCUAUUGAGAAUUAUAUCCGCGCUAUUAAUGUACUCCGCAUACCCUACGUUCGUUACACGUUCAUCGAUCUGUUUUUACAAAUGUUUGGCUUUCUAUACGGUGAAGACUUUUCUCCUGAAAAAGUUUUCCAUUAUAUGCGUAAGAAGCGUUGGCUAAAGCAUAAAAAACAAGCUGACUUACAAGCGGCUGCAGGCGAAAAUGAUGAUGUUGUCGAUGAAAUCUCCUGUGAACAACACCUAUCACUGCUAUUAGAAGCUCUCAAAGCCUAUUGUGAGUGGUAUGCUUCUAAGGAGUUUAUGAAUAUAAUUUUAAAUAAAAGUAGUAUAAGCAGCUUGAAGAUUACCACGCAUUCAGUACAUCAUACGCCAAUCGCUUACGGUGGCCUUCUGAAUUUGGCACGCAUGGAAAAUGAAAUCCAAUUGCUGGAAAAUAAAUUACGUAAGACAGUGCGUGUUGCAAAACCCGUUAUUGAUUUGCCACUUAUGGAUAUUUGCAUUGAUCAGGAUUUGCGUACAAAAUAUCGUACCGAUUUUAAAUAUUUAAAUGCAUUACAGCAAAAAGUUGCCGAGCAAAGUAUAGCACAUCCCGAGGUAAACUUGAGUGCUUGGCAAGAAUUUCUAAUUGACUUCAAAGAGAAUUAAGAAGCUGGAAUGCUAGCCUCAAGUUUUGAGGCUUCAUUACAUUACUUUGUUAUUACAUAUACUCUAAAUUCAAAUUAUAUCUCUUUUAUUUACUUACCUCUUUAAUGUGAUUUACACAUAAAAUUAUAUGCCAUACA